AAGGGAUUUGGUGUUUCGUCCGGAACCUGCUAAACUAUGACUUACUACUUGUGUCGGCUUUGUUGCAGCUGGACGGAGACGGGGCUCUUGUGCGAAAGGACAACCACUUACGCGAUCGUGGCGCGUGUUUUCGGAAUAGAGCUGGCUCAGCUAUCGUCGCUUCCCGAAUACUGCUGCAAGCAGUGUGCCUCAUCGCUGGAUGCCUGCCGAGUUUUCUACGAGCGGGUUCAAGCAUCGGAUGCAUUUAUACGCAAUCUGCACGAAAAUGAUAAGCUGGAAGCGUUUCUUAGCAGACAGGACAGUUGGUGCCCUGAAACCGGCUUCAGCACAACUAUUUCGGAAAUAAGGCAAGCAGAAAGUGUACCAUGGCAGGAUGGCGUGGAAGGAGACUGUUUGGGAAAUGUUACACCGAUGAAGGAAAAGUUGAUCUCUUUAGACAUAAUGCCUGUGGAGGAGCUAGAGAUCGUGAAUGGACCGUUGAUCGAUGCGAUGCAUGGCGAGGAUAGCGAAACGCUGUUCAAAGAAGAAGUGCUUACUGCGGUGCAGGACCUCUCAGGAUCGGGCGAUGAAUGCGAGCCGAUCGAUGUAAACGACCUAGGACCAGCAAAACCAUCGUACCGGGCGCGACACGCGGAUCAGGAACUGAUCAAGAAAAAUCCCCUUAUGUGCUACAUCUGCGAGGAAGAGCAAACGAGUGUGCCGAGCCUACGAACGCAUCUAUUUUCACAUGACGAUCUGCUGCCAUAUCACUGCACACAGUGCAGCACACCGGAGCAGCCCAUUGAUAUUCGGACGCUGAUUGCUCUGAACAAUCAUUUCGAAUCCCACCAGCUGCCCAUCCAGUGCGAACAAUGUCCUUUGCGUUUUCGAACCUACGAUGCCCGCGUGUUUCACCAGAAGAACAAGCACAACUCGAAGGCACCCUUCGUGUGUGACACCUGUAAGAAGGAAUUUGUGAACCAUUACAAGUUUCGCAAGCACAUGAUCGCCCAUCGAAACAAGCUAACGCAACGGUACAAGUGCGGCACGUGCGAGAAAGUCUUUCAAAACUCCACGGUCCUCCACCGGCAUGAGUUGAUACACUCCGAUACCAAGCUCUUCAAGUGUCCGUUUUGCGCACGUUUGUUUAACCAUCAGUCGAACUUUGAGGUACACAAGGCGCGCCACCAGCGCAAUCAGUUGAAGCUGUACCCGUGCGAUGUGUGCGACGAGCGGUACACCAAGUUCGACGAAUGGAAGCGCCACAUGCAUCAACACUUUCCACAGGAUCGUCGUUACUGGUCGAAGGAGCUAGCCCUGUCGAAGGAGUUGCAGGAUCAGGCCUACUAUCCGGCAUCCUGCCAGGAACCAGGCUGCUCGUACGUGGCCGCAACGAUCGUCAAAAUGUGGAGCCACUAUCAAUCGCACUACAAAUCGUUCGGCUGUACCCAGUGUGGGCAAAAUUUUGCCAAAAUGCACAAGCUGCGCACCCACAUCGAGACGGUACACGAGCAGAUCCGGAAGCACGAGUGUACCAUCUGUGGGCGGCUCUUUGCUGUUGCACAGAAGCUGCGCGAGCACCUUGAUUGGCACAAUGGAAUCCGUAGCAAGCAGUGCAAAUACUGCCCGAAGACUUUCAUUUUUUCAUCGAAUUUGGUCAUCCACGAGCGUACUCACACUGGACAUAAGCCUCAUGGCUGCGAUCAAUGCGAUGCCCGUUUUUCUUCCAGCGCUGGACUGGCGAAACAUAAAAAGUGUCAUGAUCCGAAGGACCCUCCCAAGCAAAAGCUAAUCGAACAAGGACAUUCUGGCCAUGUCUAGAUGUUCUACGUGCUGUACCACGGUUGGCUCUCUUCUGUUCGUCUCUACUUUUGUUCUUUUUUGUCCAAGGUAUCUAAGUUUAAGAAACGGGCCAAAACAGUUGUAUCUAUGCCAAGGCACAAUUUUAUUAAUAUAAGGCAAAAUAAACAUGUUCACAUCACACAAUGUUUGCGAUUAACACGCUUUGAGAAAAAAAAAGCCUUCACACAAUUUGCUUAAUUCAAAAUUAAAUUCCUUUUCUAUCGAUCCGCAUUGUCAGUAUAAGCGCUUAUUCUAAAGAGAUAGAUUGGAAGCAACUUCCACAACCACAUGGAAGAAAGGUUAUAUACUUAAAACAACAAUCGAACAUCUUCUGGC